ACCCACUACCAUGUCAAAUCAAAUCGUCUUAGAACGCGAUGGAAAACAUUUGCUCAUGCAGAAAUUGGUUCCACCAGAUACCACUACACCCGCUAUUGACGAUUUACUUUCGUUCAGCUCCCCAUUCAAUCAGGCUUUCGGAUCUAACGUCCUUCUACUGGUACCAACGGAAAAUCAGUUCAAGACGAAAGUGCUGGAAAACAUCAUUGAACAGGAUCUUCAAGGAGCGACACUGAUCACUCGUCAGCUCAAAGUUGAUACUGGUAUCGAGCAGCCGUACGAUGAGAAGUUUGAAGAUUGUGUGAUAAAGCGCCUCAAGGGGGCGUUCGCUUUUUUGGAAUGCAACCCAGAUUUUCUAGGAGAAAACAGCAUUGGAAGGGUCGAAAUUGGAGUGAUCGAGAACUAUAUUCGGCUGUCAGAUGGCGACAGCAGUGCUGUUGAUUUUGGCAGUAUAAUUAUCCAUAAUGCAACUAUCGGAAAAACAAGGUGCAGCGUAUCAAGAGGCGUUACCGUUCAAAUGGAAUACGUGAAAGAAGCAAGAGAACGAGGGUUUGUUGAUCCUGAAGAAAAAGGAGGAAUAUGCACUGUCGGCAAUGUCCUUAAAAAUCACUUCGACCAGGUUGCUCGCCAUAAAUUUGGAGGGGAUUAUGACAUUUCUAAAGACUGGCAUUUGGCUGUCAGUGGAGAAUCACGCUACGCUCUGCUCGAAGAAGCUGCAAGAAAGGUCUAUGCAACUGCAAUUCAGGAAUGCAUUAGGAAAGCAUAAAUUGAGGAGUACUAGCAAUAGUAAGAUGAAAUUGUGAGGUGACAAGCAACCAUGGUUAGAGAUGUCAAAGGCAGAAGGACGGUAUCAAAAUGCGAUAAAGAUACAGGAGUUAGGGCCAAAAAUGGAGACAUGGGAGCAGGGUUGUCAGUAGUAUCAAGAGUGUAAACGGAAUGGCCUGAGGAAUGUUUGAAAGGAGUGCAAGGAAGAGGAAGUAUCAGAGACACUUCUUGGAGUAGGGAUGUUGCAGAAUACUUCG